UUCCUCGGACGGGGGCGGGACUUCCGCCGGGAGCCGGAAGAGAGGCUCGUGGGUCUCCCUGGCGUUCUCUUCUCCCUUCUCUCUCUCACUCUCUCUCUCUCUUCCCUCAUCCUCAUAUGUGAGCGAAUUGUCCCCGCUGCUUCUUGGCGUCGAAACGUUCCGGGGCUCGGACCCGCCGCCGCCGCCCCUGCCUUCUCCUCCUGCCACCGCUGCUCCGCGCUCUUCCCCUCCCGCUUGCCGCUUCUCCCUCCUCCUCUUCCUCCCUGCUGCCGCCGCCGCCGCUUCUCCUCCGCCUGGGCGCCGCCGCCUCUGCCCCUCUCCCCGCUCUCUCUCUCUCUCUCUCUCUUUCUCUCUCUCUCACCCCUUUCCUGGGACUUGGCGGAGGAGAAGGAGGCGGCGGCGGCGGCGGCGGCGGCGGUGGGGAGCAGUAGGAGCAGCAGCAGCGGCGGCGGCAGCAGCAGAAUUCCCAACCCGACUUCCGAGCGAGAUUCCUCCGGCCCUCCGGGGCCUUUCUUAGUUUUGGGGUGUGACAGACUCUGACAGCUUCCCAGACUGAAGGAUUCUCCAGAACACCAUAGAUGCAGCACUGUGUUACUGCUACAGAAAAGGGGAACUGACAGGUAUCAGAGAAGGAGCCUGCAAUUUGAACCUUGGAUGAUCCAUAUAGUUCUCUUUGAGGAGUCAAAAAGCAGACAGCUCAUGACUUCUGAUCAGGACACUAAAGUUGUGGCUGAACCGCAGGUACAGCAGGUGCAAGAAGUUAAGGAUAGCUCUCAUCUGGAGCCAGCCAAGGUUUCAGAAUUAAAUCCUAAUGCAAAAGUGUGGGGGAAUCACAUGGUACACGUGGAAGCAAGUGGUACUGAAGGGGGUGUGAGCAAACCCUGGGAAGAAGUAACAGAUCACCCACCCGAUUCCUGUAAAGAAGCAUUAGAGGCCAAUGGUGAUGGUGACAAAAAACACCAGAACGAAUCGUUAAAAGAACAUCAAGAACCAUCACUAUCUGUUCCAUUAUCAAAUCUAACAGAUAUGAACUCUUUGGCUCUAGAUCAUGCAGAGUACAAAACUGUACAUGAAAACACUGAGUCAGAAAGUAAAGAAGAUCUUCGGCCAGAAGAUCGAGAAGAGAUACGAGAAGCUCUUAAAAAAACACUGGAGUUCUGCUUAUCAAGGGAGAAUCUCGCUAGUGAUAUGUACCUUAUAUCUCAGAUGGACAGUGAUCAGUAUGUGCCAAUAAUGACAGUAGCUAAUCUUGAUCACGUCAAAAAGUUAACCACAGAUACGGAUUUGAUUGUUGAAGUGCUACGAUCAUUGCCUUUAGUCCAAGUAGAUGAAAAAGGUGAAAAAGUCAGGCCAAACCAAAAUCGCUGCAUUGUAAUUUUGCGUGAAGUACCUGAAUCCACUCCAAUUGAAGAGGUCCAAGCACUCUUCAAAGGCGAGAACCUGCCUAAGUUCAUCAACUGUGAGUUUGCCUAUAAUGACAACUGGUUUAUUACAUUUGAGUCUGAAGCAGAUGCACAACAGGCUUACAAAUACCUUAGAGAAGAUGUGAAAACUUUCCAAGGAAAACCAAUUAAGGCAAGAAUAAAAGCAAAAGCAAUAGCUAUAAAUUCAUUUUUGCCAAAGAAUGGAUACAGACCUGUGGACAUGAAUAUCUACACACAACAGCGUUAUACAACAUCAUUUGCCUACAUACCUCCAGUAUAUGGGCCCCAACAGCAAUUUCCACUAUAUAGUUUAAUUACACCACAAGCCUGGUCUACAACACAUAGUUAUAUUGAUCCGUCAUUGGUCGCCCCAUUUCCAAAUACUGGAUUUAUCAAUGGAUUUACAGCUCCUACUUUCAAGCCAACUGUUGCUCCACUUGCUACUCUUAGGCAGUAUACACCAAGGACCAGAAAUCCCAGCAAAUCAUAUCUACGGCAUACAAUUCCUACUGUAGACAGAGGGACUGGAUUACUAGAGAGCCCUACAAUAUUCAAUCUUUCUGCUGACCGAUUAAUCAACGGUGUCAGGAGCCCACAAGCCAGGCAGCCAGGACAAAACAGAACACGGAUGCAAAGUACUACAAGCUACAUAAAGCGAGAUGUAGGGAGCGGGCGAGUAGAAUCCACGGCUUCAGAUUCAUCCCCCAGCUUAGGCAGAGGAAGAAAAAACUUUUAUGGCUAUCGAAAAAAAAGAGAUGACAAGUUCGUGAGAGGACAAACGCAGUCUCCACCCCCUACAAAACCACCAUCUCCAAGUUUUGAGCUGGGGUUGUCCAGUUUCCCUCCCUUGCCUGGAGCUGCUGGCAAUCUGAAGACUGAAGACUUGUUUGAAAACUGGUUGUCAAAUGUGAAUGUGUCAUCAAAAGAAAAAGACAUCAGUGUAGGUACAAACACAGUACCAGCUGGAAUUCCUCGUGAGCUUUCUUUGCCAGUUUCUUCUGCUCUGCCAGGGACAUCCGAAACAUCUCCUUCCCCAUCCAAAGCUACUGAUGAUCCCAAAGCUAUGGAGAAGCAGAAAGAAACCCCAAGUACUCAAAGACUUUGUUGCAUUGUUACUACUGCUUCCAAAUCAGUACAAGUCAAUGGGGAUCUUCUAGCAGAACGGCGGAAACCUAGUUAUGCAGAAAUAUGCCAGAGGAUUAGUAGGGAUGCAGCUCCGUUGCAGUCCCCAAAAGAACAGAAGCCAAACAAUGUUGGUUGUGGGAAAGAGGAAAGGAAACCCACAGAAACACUAGAAAGAAGCAGAGAGUUGAAGUCUAAAGACCAGCGGAGACCAUCAGGACGCAGGUCUCCUCCAGCCAUUGGGAAACGUCCGACUAAAGAACAGAGCACUCCUCCCAAAUCUCCUCAGUGAAAGUAGCACUUAGGAUGAAUUUCAAGAAGUUUUCAGUAUGAAGUUACCCUAUGUUGACAUUCAGAGUACCAAGAAGGAGUUGCUGGUUAAAAGCUUGCAGGGGUUAUGAAGUAUAUGAAAUGAUUGCUAGGGUUUUUUUUUUUGUUGUUGUUGUUUGUUGUUAUUGUUUAUUUCUUAUUUUUUUGUAAAAUAGAUUUUUUUUCCUUCUCUUUUCUUACAUCCUUAUCAUCAAAUUUCCCUUGAGCAAACAGUCAAUUCCUUCAGGGUUUAAUUAAACUUUAUGUUAGGUUGGUGCUGAACUUAAGACGAUGCUGAAGAAAUACUGAAGACUAAUAAUAGCAGCUAAUACAUAAGGUAUAAAGCAGAACAGAUGCUUUAUAAAUUAGUAAGACAAGUUUAACUCUUUUUUUUUUUUUUUAAAUCCCAGUUGCUUUAGCAAAUCGGCAAACAGGCUAUACUUUUUUUUUAAGUUUAAAAAAAUAAAACUGGUUCUAAUAUUUUUGUUCUUGGCCAAAGGAGAACUUCAUAAAGAUUAACUGAGAGUUCUCUAAAUUAUUUGUAUUGAUGGACUGCAAGCAAGUAACCAGUUUCUCAGUCCAAGCUAAAAUGAUCUCAUCAAUUUCAGGAAAAGAAAAGAAAAAAAAGCACAUUAGGAAUUAAAUAAAUGUGCCCUUGGGUAUGGCAGAUGCAAGCUAAUGGCAGUUUUUUCACAAGAGAGCACAAUAGCUCUCUUGUGAUGAAGAUUUCAAUUUUUUCCCCUUCUCUCAACUGAGGAAGCUAAUUUUGAACCCUUUUCUGGUUGGACCCCGUGCUCUGUAUAAGUUUUCAAAACUGUGUUCCAAAUGCUCUUUGAAAGAGUUCAUAUCUUAAUCAGCCUGAGUGCUGACAUCUUCUAUAACUAUCAACAUUGGCAUAUGGAUUUAAUUUCUUUUUUUUUUUUUUUAGUCCAUGAAUUGAUGGUGUUUUAGUAUGUAUGUGCAUGUAUGCGGAAGAAAGAAAUUGCCCUGUAUCCUGCCUGGGGUGAGAUUUAUCACACUUACUUUAGAAGCAACAUGCUUCCUGAAGGACAAGGCUGCACUUAAAUUAAUAAAUUUCUAAUAACGUUGGUGAUAAAUUAUUUUUUGUUUAAAUAGCUAAAGAUUUUUCCUUUGAGUGUUUAAGCGGCAGAUGGUUCAGAUCAAAAGGUGUUCCUGUUAAGUAGUUUAUCCCACCUACACACACACAAACACACAUGCACGCAUGCACGCAUACACACCAAAAGAUUUAUUUAAACAGCUGAUUUUUUUUUAAAAAAAGAAUUAUUUCCAUCCAAUCUUUAAAGACUUGAAUUUUAUUUAAACUUGAAAAUGACUUUGCCUUAACUUUUGUAUAAGACAGCUUAGAAUUAUUGAAGUCUGACCCCAUUAAGGGUUAGCACGGGGUGGCAUAUACAGAAUUACUCAGUUACAGUAUCUAUGUAUUGUCACUGGUCUGACUGGGUAAACAUACUCUAGUACAGGUCGUAGUGGCAGUUUUUGUAAUAUACCUUAAAAGAUCUUAAGCAGUUGAUCUUUUUCAAAAUGUCGAAAAAAAAUCUGUAAAUGGAAAUAGUCAAUACUGUAUUAAAAUGUGCACUUGGAAGUGUGUGCUUUUGCUUGUACAGGUGUAAAUAAUCAGAACAUAUAAAAAGGUACCAUUAAAAAACUGAUAAAAAUUAUUGAUAUAUUAUAAAUGUUGCUGUUGAACUGGAUGUAGAUAACUAAGUGUUGUGGUUUGAAUAUUACUUUAAUUUGUUUUUCCCUUGUUUCUUUUUCUUUAUUCUGAUAUGUUGAGCUAAGUCUGCCUCUUCACUGCUAAGGGGAAUGGAAGGAAGUCUGUCUUUAAAAGUCCUGACAUUGUAAAUACUUUCUGAAAGUUUUGCAUUUCAUUCAUACGGAACAUAGAUGUCCAGUAUAAAUUUCUAAUUCCUAGGAGCUGAAAUUAGUAUUUUGAUGAAUUAGAAAGGAACAGCAUUGCCGCCAGAAGCUCCCAUCCCAAGUACACUCAACUAUUCGUAGGCCAACACAUUAGUAAAACUGGAUUUAAAUUUUCACGUAGCUAUUUAAAAAGCAAACAAAUAAAAAUCCUAGGGCAGUUGAUCUCCUAACAUAAGUUGCUGCUAUUUAUAAUUAUCCUAAUCAAAAGAAAAAACAAGCAAACCAUCUUGCUCCUUGCACUGCAGACUUUAAAAUGGCAAGUUGAGUCUUGUUUGUUAUUUCCUGAGAAGACACACAAGGAAGGAGUCAAAAAUCACCUUACUUAACAUUGGUUUAACUUGGAUCCUCCCACCCCCCCACCCCCACCCCCAUGAGCAGUGAAAGGGGCAGUGAGACUGGAGGUAUAAUUUCGGCCAGCUAUGAGUUGUCUUUGUUUGCCUGCUGCGAGCAUGAGUAAAACAGCUGCAAACAAAGAGAGAAGUGGCCACAAGUAAUAGAGCUAAUCAUCGGAGCUAGCUGAUACAAUAACUUUUGCAGGUCAGUAGAUAGGCUGCAUUGUUUUUAAUGCAUUUGCUGCUGCUCUUUAUACUAGGCUAAUACACUGUAAUUCUCACUCAAAUAACAGUCUGUGACAAAAGUUUGAAACUGUUACUGUGAUGGCUUUUUCUUUAAAAGAAAGUGUCAUGCCAAAUAACUUCUCCAGUAAUUUUUAACAUUUUCAUUUUCAAACAGUUCAGGACUAUUUAACAACACAGGCUAUUUAUGUUUAGCUAUUCAGAUCUGCCUUUUUUUUUUUUUUUAAGUCGUCUUAAAUUAUUGAGUUGCAGGUUAAAACGGGGUGAACCCAUUGGAAAGAGUGGACAGGAAGGGGUAAGACUACUUUGGUGCUCCUUGUAAUAGAAUUAUAUAGGUUCUUCCGAGUCUGUUUAUUCAAAGGAUGCAUUCAAAUAUGAAUUUUUGUUUCUGCAUAUUUAACAUGUACAGUAUUUUUGCCUUAGGAUGUCUUAUCUACCAUUACUACCCUUGCUCCAAUUUUGCAUCUAGUCAGAAAAAAACCCCCCAAUAAAUUGUCAAGCUCUUAAUUUUGGUUCCUAUUUUUUUUUCUGCCUCUCUUCUGGUAUUAGAACUUGUUUUCAGAGAGGUGUCAUUCCUUGGAUGCCAGUGGCAUUGUCACAGCCACUGAUUGACCAAGGUUCUACUUGUUUCUAUAUCCCUUUCAACAUGCUGUAGUUUUUAGGGGUUACGGGCCCAAAUCAGACUGCUAGCAGCGGACAAUCAAAGGUUACUGCAAAGUGAUAGCUGCCAAGUCAUUAAAGCAAAGAUGUCAUAGGGAGGCCAUAUUUUUCCUGAAGGUGGGUUUUUAGUUCUUCUGUUUAAGACUGGAAUCAAGCUUACAUGUAAACUAUUUGAUAAUUUAAGUUUCCUUUUAUGUCAUAAAAUGUACAACUGUCUAAAAAUGUAGGUUAUGAAAAAUAAAAAGAUUUAGCACUGUU